ACCUGCAAAACAUGCACUGUGUGGGGUCCUGAGGACCGAGUUUGAGAACCUGUGCAUUAACCUGUUCAACAUAGGUGCCGGCAAUCAUAGAGAAAGGGAAAAGUCCAGAAGCAGAGCAUUGUGUCCCUCCUGGAGAGGGUCAUGUUGGGAGAUGAAUGUAACAUGAUUUUGAGUCAGACUGAAUGCAAGGAACAAUGAACAAAGGACAGUUCAGAGUCAUGGUUGACACCUACAGUAUGCAAUAAUUUUGUGGGAUAGGACUGAUUGUCGAGUUCUCAACAGUCAUAUCAGCUCCAGCACUCAGGCAUAAGGCACCUGCUAAAAAGGCAUCUUCAAUAGUAUAUUGCUGGUCCAAACCACAAGAUGUAACGGGAUUGGCUGUGAUAGACAAUUUGUGAAAAUUCUAUGCUGGAAAUGAAGUUGGAAAGCAAACACAAUGCAACUAGUUUCUUUAUCAAAGGCCUGUCCGACAUCCCAGAUCUCCGAUUUACAGUAUUUAUCAUAUGUUUGUUCAUUUACUUUAGUAUUAUAUUUGGGAAUACAACAAUUUUCAUCAUUAUUUUAGGAAAUCCACACCUAUAUAUUCCCAUGUAUAUUUUUUUGAUAAACCUUUCAGCAGUGGAUAUUAUUUAUGCUUCAAAUAUUUUGCCUAAUCUCUUGAAUAUCCUUCUCACUCAGCAAAACGAAAUUUCUUUCUGUGGGUGUAUGGCACAGAUGUAUUUCUACAUAGCUCUGACUUGUACAGAAGUCCUCCUGCUAGAGGUCAUGGCAUAUGAUCGCUAUGUGGCAAUUUGUCAUCCACUUCGAUAUUUUCUAUUAAUGCAUUUAACACGUUGUGCUGGGCUUGCAAUUGCAGCAUGGACCAUUAGUUUUCUAAUAACAAUUGGACAUACUGUUCUUGUAUCUAAACUAUCCUUUUGUGAUUCUCAUGUCAUUGACCAUUUUUACUGUGAUAUCUCACCUGUGUUGAAAUUGACAUGCAGUGAUAUAUAUAAUGUAGAAAUUAUGAAUUAUAUUGAAGGAGUACUUGUGACGUUCAAUGCAUUUGUCUUUACAAUUAUUUCUUACAUGUUCAUUAUCUCUUCUAUUUUGAAGAUAAAAUCUGCAGAAGGUCAACUUAAAGCAUUUUCUACCUGCUCUUCCCAUCUAACCUGUGUAACUAUUUUUUAUGGGACUUUGUUCUGUCUGUACAUGAGACCCACAUCAAGUUAUUCACCAGAACGGGACAAGUUUUUUUCUCUUUUAUCUGGUGUGUUAAUUCCAAUAUUAAAUCCUGUUAUUUAUAGCUUGAAAAACCAAGAAUUUAAAGUUGGUAUUAAGAAACUUAUCAACAAAAAGUUAUAUUAA